UCUUUCAGUUGUACUUUUAUGAUUAUUUGAAUGGCAACAGUUAAGCUAAAUGUGUUUUCUUCUCGUUUUUUUACCACAACAACACGGUCUGGUUAAGAAAACUGCUGCAUCGGGAUGCCGUCCGCCUCUGCCAAAAUCGAGAAAGUUACCUCAAUUGAGGUAACUGAUCCUGUAAAAUACUUCUCAAAUAUGCUGGAAAAGCGUAUAAGAAAUUUAGAAAAACGAAAGAUUAAGUUGGACAAUUACCGUAGUGAUGUAGAAAAUGGUAAAGAGUUGAAUGAAGAUCAGAAGAUGGCUGUUAGUAAGUAUGGUGAAGUUUUGAGUUGCUUGGAGAUGUUUAAAGAGUUAACAAAGUCUGUACAAGGAAUGGCACAAGAACAUGCAAGGCAAGUAAAGAAGCUUGCCAAAAAAGAACAGUUAGAAAGGCAACAACAUGAGGUUCAAAGAUUGCAGGAGGCAUUCAUAUAUAGUCACUUCCUAUCCUGUUUCCAAGAUGAAGAUGUCCGAAGUGACUUCUUAAAUGGAGAAAAUGGAGCUGUUCAACUUACGAGUGAGCAGUUGUCCCAACUGGACCAGCUUUUCAAAUUGAUCGGACCCAGGUUGCCAACUGAACAGUCAGAUAUAACUAGUCAUUACCAUGUUUUGGCUGAGAACCAUAUCUUCCUAGUGGAGGGCAAAAAUAAGGAAAUCGCUGGAACAACCUAUAAAAAUUUAAAAGAGACUCUUGUGAAGAUCAAAGAGUGUGGAUAUUUUUCACGUCCCACUACAACAGUUGAGGAAAGUGAAGCUUCCAGUGAUGAGAUGCCAAAUGAACAAACUGAUCAUGAAUUUGUUCCCCAAGAAAAUAAUUCUGUUGAAUCUGACUGCACUAUUGAAUAUGCUGUUGAGCCUGAGAGCAAUGUUGAUGAACAAGUGCCUGUGGAAGCACCUGCCAGUGCUCAAAGUGGUCCAUUGCAGGAAGUGCUUGAGCAACAGGGCUCUUUUAACUUUCUUCAAGAAUCCCAAAUAGAUCUUGAUGCUCCACACAUGGACCCUGCUGUAGUGGCUGUUCAUCAAAUGGCACCUGCUCCAUCAGCUAAUUUUGCCAGCUCCUCUUAUCCCUCAUCACCCCCUGUUGAAGAGAAUGGGAAACCAGUCAAUAACAUUGAAUCUACAGAUGCUUCACUUCCCCAACCUGCUCUCAAUGCUCCUCAGUCUGUACCUCCUGCCCUUGACUUUGACCCCUCUCAUCCUAUCCCUACUCAGACUUUCACCAACCAAAGCUUCGCUGUGAUGCAGAAUAUGAUCAUGCCGCAAGCAUAUGUCCCCGUCACUCUUCAUCAUGCACCUUUGCCUACCACCAUUGCUGUUAUCUCUGCACCUCCAACUGGAGUACAUGUGCCAGUCGCAGUUCCAGUUCCUGAAAUGGCCGACUUGGCUAAGUCUGAUUCUGUUCAAGCGGUAAAUGGCGAUGAAGACCUUUCUGCUCUUGAUAUUGAUGGCAACAUAAAUGGUGCUCCUGACGACAAAAAUAAAGAUUAUAACUACAGAGGUGGCUACAGGGGAAGAGGCAGGGGACGCGGUAACUACUACCGUGGUCGGGGCAACUACAACAGUAGAGGUGGCGGAUAUCAAAACAACUAUUAUCGGGACAGGAAUGGCUAUAAUGAUAACUUUAGAAGAAAUAACCGUGGUCGAGGUGGCGGGAACAACAGAGGGCGUGGUAAUUAUCGUACAGAUGCUCCUCAUCAACAACGAAACAAUUAUCAUCAGCAAAAACAAGACAACAGACCUCAGGAGCAAGAAACGCAACAGUAACCGUGAAUUAAUUUUUGACUCUUGGUGUACAGUGUACCAUUCAUCUCGGACUUGGCAGCGGCAGUGGAAUAUCCAUGCUACAAAGAACUUUUUUUUUUUUUUAAUAUCACUAAGGAAAAGGACUUAAGCACUCAAAUUUUUUGCUACCAAAAAAAAACUAUUAAAAAAUUUAAUGAAAAAAAAUAUGUAACAAAGCUGUGGCCUUCUGACAAGUCUUCACCUUCUUGUCUUUUGUCUGAUCACUGAACAAAAAAGAAAUAAUAAACACUUUCCUUAAAUCAUUCGUCUCACACAGUAUUACAUUGUGCAAUUGAAAGGCGUGUCAUGGGCAUUGUGCCUAAAAGUGAUUUGUGGCAUGUUGUCAAGGGCAUUAUGCCUUAAGACUUGCACUCUGGCAGUGGUUUAGCUGGGACCAGCACAUGCUGUGCGUGACUUACCUUAACCUCCUUGAAGGGAAAAUAUGUAUUCGUAGUAGGCUAAUUGAAAAAUCCAGCUCUGCAACCAUUGUCUGUAUUUUGCAAUGUGUCAAGCUUAUGGAUAAGUCUUUAAUAUUUUCUAACCUACCCAAUAUUUUUUAGGCUUAUUUUAAUCAGUCUUUAUGCCUUUAGUCUAAUUUUAAAAUUUACAAUGAGCUACACAGACUGACUGUAAUAAGCCUCUAAUUUGGUUCAUAGUUAGCCUUUACUACUCUAGGCUUAUUGUAAAUGAGACUGAUUGAGCGGUGAUUAUCAUUUUUAAAUUUUCCGAAUUGUACGUGGCCUGCAUUAAGCCUAAAAAGUGUGCCAUGGGUGAUUAGAACAUAGUGAAAACUUGCAGUUAAGAUUUUUGUGUUGCAAAUUGGGGGCGACUGUUUGCAAAAGCCAGAUUAUUCUAUUAACUUACGACAUAUCUGACAAAAUGUUUCAUGUAUUAUAUAAAUCAUUGUGAGUAUUUUUGAUGUGGAAGGCUGCAAUCAUCUAAAGUGUGAUGUUAUAAAUAAACAUAAAUUAUUUAAAAGGAGAAAAAAGAGGAAAUCAUUUUUAAUGUGAUAAAUUUUGCUACCUUUUGUGAGUUUUUUUUUUUUUUUUUUUGCUAGCUUUUUGUUUUAGCAUCUUGACCUAUCUUUCUCCCAUAUUUUGCUUAUUUUUUUUCUUAUGAUAAGAAGGGAUUUAUUUUCCUCUGUUCCUAAUGUUUUUCUUCAACUUAUUGCAUGUUACGUGUACAGAAAUUCCAGAUUAAAUCCAGAGAUGGAAAUAAAAAUAACGACAAGUAUUUGUUGGUGUUUAUUCGUGUCUCUUAAAUGUCUAGGAAUUGCCAAAAAAAAAUUUGUUAAAUUUUGUUUUCCUUCCCACGAUGCCUGGCAAUCUGCAUUCUCCUGCUACUCGUAUCUAUUGUAUGUCUUGUAGUCAGGUUAUGCAUGCUCCGUCAGCUUAAAAAGUUUUUUUUUUAUUAAUUUUUUGUAAAAUUUUUUAAGUUUAUGGACAACUGUGUUAGUCCUAACUGAUAAUCCAAAGCUGAAUUGCUAUAAUGUUAAUAAAGUGUUUUAUGGAAAA